UAAAAUGUUGAAAUUCAUUUCCUUAUAAAUAAACGAAAAGGACGUAACUAACAUCCUUUGUAUUUCCUGUAAAGGAAAUAAAAAUAGAAAGUUAAAGUUUACUAUUCAUUAUACUUCAUUAUACACGAAUUUAGCUUAUCACAACGGGAUCGAUAGUGACAUUUUUAUUAUGUCUGAAAAUCGUUCAAAUCGGACUUCAAAUGCAGAUAAAAAUGGACAAGCAAAUAACCGUAUAUUACUGAUAGGAGUUUUUUCGGGCUUAGGUUGUAUCCUUCUUUUUGUAAUCGUCUUGUGUUUAUGUUUUCUUGCCAAAAACUAUUUAAAGAAACGAAAGACAAGUGAAACAAGCUUAGACGGCAUGUGGACUGUUCAAAGUAGAGAAUCGGGAUGGUCUUUUAGUAACAAUGCAUUAGAAGAAAUCAGUAAUGAAAUUGACGAAGGCUGGGAAAAGCGUGUUCAUACAUCAAAAUUAGAAGAAUAUGUCGUUCAAAGAAGAAAUGAUAAUAGAUUGGUAGAAGAAUUCGAAUCAAUUCCCAAUGAGCUUUUGUAUGCCUGCAGAAUUGCGACGCUAAAAGAAAAUAAAAGGAAAAAUAGAUAUGAAAAUAUUCUUCCCUAUGAUCACACUCGAGUUGUUUUGGACGUUUUACCUAAUGAUUCUUAUUCGGAUUAUAUUAAUGCCAAUUAUAUUAAUGGAUAUAAGAUAGAAAAGAAGUAUAUCGCUACGCAAGGUCCUACGCCAUUAAGAAUGGUGGACUUUUGGCGUAUGGUAUGGCAGGUAAAGUGCUCUAAAAUUGUGAUGAUCACGAAUCUAGUAGAAAAUGGAGAGACCAAAUGCAAAAAAUAUUGGCCAAAGAAAGCAGAUACAUAUGGAAAUCUGAAAGUUCAACUAAUGGAUCAAGAUGUUUAUGCCGAUUUCACUAUCAGAACCUUCCUAAUUUCUAAGGAUAACGAAAUAAAUCAAGUUAAACAGUUUCAUUUUACAACAUGGACACAAAAGAGAAUUCCUCUAUAUACGUCAUCUGUAUUAAUUUUCAUUGGGAAAAUACGUGAUUUUCAACCUCCAAAUCAAGGCCCAAUUAUAGUACAUUCUAGUGCUGGAAUUGGUCGUACGGGGGCAUUCAUCCUUCUAGAUUACAUGAUGGACAUGAUACAAUGGGAAGAACAUGUCAAUCUUCCAAAAUGCGUACGAGAAAUGAGACAUCAAAGAAUGAACAUGGUGGAAACCGCUGAACAGUAUAUAUUCAUUUAUGAGACGAUCCUAGAUGCACUAUGGCCUUUCAAUACCUCCAUACCUCCCAAAGAUUUCCGGAAACGGUUGUGUGAAUUAAAGUCAGUGGAUCCAUACACAGGUCUUACUUAUAUAGAAAACGAAUUCAAAAGACUGAAUCGAAUGUAUCCUUGUUCUACAGAAAAUUUAUUCAACACAUUUUCAUCAUUCGAAUCUAUCAAAAGAAGUAAUAUGGGUUCUCUGCAUGUAGAUGGUUAUCGAAAAAAGAAAGCAUUUGUUGUUUCUGCGAUUCCACACUCUAACCAAACUAAGAGGUUUUGGAAGUUUGUUUGUGACACCGAUUCGUUGACAGUUGUGCUGUUAAAUGACCUAGAUUCAGUCCUACAUCAAGGUUUUCAUAGAUAUUGGCCUAGAGAAGGCACUAUUGUCGAUUUUGGGCAAUUUUCUUUGGAAUAUAUGAGCAGAGAAAUCAACCAAGAUUUAAUAAUAAGAAAUUUUAAAUGCGUAUGUAACGAGGAUAAGAAUAAGGUGAAAAUAAUCAAGCAUUUCCAUUUGUCUUCGUGGCGACCGGACCAAAGGAUACCUUCUUCGGCGGAUUGUUUAAUAGAUUUGAUGGACAAGAUGGAAAAGUGGCAGCAAGAAACUGUUAAACAUCAAGUAGUUAUUCAGUGUCUAGAUGGAGUUCGUGCAUCUGGGAUAUUUGCUACAUGCUAUUUUAUUUCUAACAAAAUCAAAUUUGAGCAUGAAGUGGAUGUAUAUUUGGCCGCCAAGACGGUCAGACAAGCAUCUUCAAAUUUCAUCGAGUCCUUGGAGCAGUAUACUUUCUGUUACCAUUUUGCUGAAUGUUUUAUGGAGAAGUUUAAAGAUUAUGCAAAUUUUUCGUAAAACUUACCGAUAUUGUAAUUAUUAUUCGGUAUACGAGAUUUAUAUGUAAUAAUAUAAAUGUGAUGUUGAUUUCAUCAACAUUUGUAAUAUGAUCGAAUUAGAAAACUUCCUUGGGUAAAUUUUUGAUCAGUAAAUUGCAUUUAUGUAAUAUAAUUUUGAAAAUUUAUAAAAAUUGUAAAUUAUUGGGAUAACUGUUACUUUAUUAUUAUUCUGUGUAAUAAAUGAGUACAAAAUAUUGGCAAUGUUGAAAUUAUAUUGUAAUUAGAGUGGAGUACAUUUAUUUAUUGCUAUAUAU